AUGAGCGCCUACACAUCCUCGUACCCACCUGUCGACUUCGACUCCGCCUACAAGCAGUUCUUCGAGACCUUCUACGCAACAUCAGACACGCCAGAUGCGCACGAAAAGUACAUCACCCACUUUACAAAAGACGCGACGUUAAUCAUGGCAUCGAAAAAAGCGGUUGGAUCUGAUCAAAUCCUCGCUCUGCGGAAGGGCAUGUGGGAAAGGGUUUCGAGCAGAUCACAUCAACCGCUGAAGAUUUUCCCGUUUGGCGAUGGCGCAGAUGAAGUUAUGUUGUACGGGACGGUCAAGUAUGGGCUGAAGGCGGGAGGUGAGUCGGGUUUGGAGUGGGCGGCGAGGGCGCAUCUAGUCAAGGAGGAUGGGAUGGUGAAGAUGGAUUUUUAUCAAGUGUAUUUGGACACUGGCGCGCAGGCCAAGUGAAUCAAAACGAGUGUGAGCGUACUAGUUGACGUAGAGCGAAGGAGAGGGAUAUGAAAUACUGCUACACUGAGUAUGGCGCUAUACCUGACAUUUCCACAUCUGUGUAGUGCGUAGCUCGCCAAGUACAUACGAUUUGCUGAUUUGGCGCAUAGCUCCCUCUACCGCCACACCAUCAGAUUUCAACUCAUCGUACAUGUCCGGCCCGAAGCAUGAGUAUACAAGGACUAAGCGCUCGCAGUUCUCUCAAAUUAGUCCGACGAAUAGCAGCUUAUGAGAGAUUACCGUCGUUGUUUACAUCUCGUCGUCCCUUCGCAUGUGCCGCAACAACACAGAUGAGUCAACCUUUGCACACCUGCGAUAUUGACGCUGAGCC